CAGGGCAGCAAGCAAGAAGAGGCACAGCGGCAACAAGGAACAGUUGAAGAGAAGAUGGCUUCUUCCUCGUCGGUGCUGCUGGUUGCGGCGGUGUUGGCCGCGGUCGUGUGGGGCGCGCACGGCAUCCCCAAGGUUCCCCCGGGCCCCAACAUCACGGCGUCGCCUGCGAGCUACGGCAACAAGUGGCUGGACGCCAAGACCACGUGGUACGGCAAGCCGACGGGCGCCGGGCCCAAGGACAACGGCGGCGCCUGCGGGUACAAGGAGGUGGACAAGGCCCCCUUCCACGGCAUGACCUCCUGCGGCAACAUCCCCAUCUUCAAGGACGGCCGCGGCUGCGGCUCCUGCUUCGAGCUCAAGUGCACCAAGCCAGAGGCCUGCUCCGGCAAGCCCACCAUCGUCACCAUCACCGACAAGAACGAGGAGCCCAUCGCCCCCUACCACUUCGACCUCUCCGGCCACGCCUUCGGCUCCAUGGCCAAGAAGGGCGAGGAGCAGAAGCUGCGCGACGCCGGCGAGGUGGAGAUCAAGUUCCGGCGCGUCAAGUGCAAGUACCCGCCGGGCACCAAGGUGAACUUCCACGUGGAGAAGUCCUCCAACGAAAACUACCUGGCGCUGGUGAUCAAGUUCCUCCAAGGCGACGGCGACGUGGUGGGCGUGGACAUCAAGCAGAAGGGCGAGGACAAGUGGACCGAGCUCAACGAGUCGUGGGGAGCCGUGUGGAGGAUCGACACCCCCCAUAAGCUCAUCGGCCCCUUCUCCGUCCGCUACACCACCGAGGGCGGCACCAAGACGACCGUCGAGGACGUCAUCCCCAAGGGCUGGAAGGCCGACACCUCCUACGAGGCCAAGGGCGGGUACUGAAGAUGAUGAUGAUGAUGCCACACCUUCCGGCGGCCAGCUUAAUUAAUUAACUUCUUUUGGCUCCAGAAGAAGAAAACACAAUACAAGGAAAACUAUUAAAAUAAAAAGAUGAUAGACGAAAUAAAAUAAUUUAAGAUAGUAACAGGGAAACAACGAAAAUAUCAGAACAAAACCGUGCAAAGCUAAUGAUAUGCAACAAAAAGAGGGGCUGGGGGAUGUAUCCCAUGCACCGAUACUUGUGGGGCUACCGGUGCACGGGAAGCUAUAGAACAUUUUAAUAAAUCUGGAAAAAAUCUAGCACAUUGACAUUGUGUCAAUGUAUGUUGUCGCAAAAUUUCGUAACAAAAUCUCAAACAUUUUCUGAGAUACAAAAAUGAUAAAUUUGAUAUCAGUGUGACAAUGUUGAAUUUGUUAUUUUUGUUCUCUGAGCUAUGUUUCAAUGUUGUGAAAACCUACAUUAAUGUUGUGUGAAUAUGCUCAUUUUUCUAGUAUUUUUUUUAACAUUUUAAAAUAUGCAAAGUGAGUUCGGUGCACCGGUAGCGCCACAAAGCACCGAUACACCUCGGAGGAGAGGGGGUGUGCACCGUGCCGCCAGAGCAUAUGGUUCGCAACACGGUGUAGGUGUCUCAACAGGCGGAGCUGCGACAUGCAUGGAC